AUGGCCGUCCUCGGCUCGACGUCGCUGACUCGUACGGUGACCAUCGAACCGCGCAACGUUCAAUUUGUCGCCUCCUACAAUUGGGUCGAUUCUGAGACACAGCCCACGAUCCUGGUACCCGGUUCUCCACCGGAAUGGCUCAACAAGCCAUUUCCCUACCACAUCCCAUACGAUCACGGGGUCCAGAUCAGCAGCCACAGCUAUGCUCGGAUGGGUCCCGCAGCGUCGCCAUUGCUCCCCCUUUUCCGUGCUGCCGACGUCCUUUCUGCCUCAACCACGGACGUGGUCGAUGCCGUAGAUUGGCCCGAAGUCGAUGUGGUCACCGACAGGAAGGUCCUUCGCAACCUCCUGCGCUGGCUGCGCGCGCCAUCGAUCGCAUCGAGCUACUACCACCCCGACCAGGACGUCGAGUUCCGCGUCGACAUCCAGCUCGCUGGGAAAAAGACGCUGCUGCUCCAUCCGUGGGAUGCCUUCAUCUGGGAGGACGUGGGGCCGGAGAGCCACACCGGUCGCGGCGUUGGGUUCGAGCGGGAGAGCACGAGCCCCGGCCUGGGCUGCGAGCGCGGCGAGAGCCACCACCGGGUCGUCCGAUACGACAUGGGCGGGCUGAACUUCGUCGUGAGCAGCGAGGUCGACGCGUGCAUCGCUCCCCAGGCUCGCCAGAGCGAAGCCUCCGCCCAAAGCUCGCCGUCGACCCCAGACAGCCCGCUCCCGCCCCCGCCUCACACCGCCGACUGCGCCGUCCCGCGCGCGCGCGUCACCUCGACCGCCGACAUCGCGGUGCUCCGCGCGGGCGCCGUCGUCCCCCACGACCGCGUCGUCGAGCUCAAGACGCGCAGCCUGUGGGAGACGCCGUUCCAGUACCACUGGCCGGAGCUCUACCCGCAGAUGGCGCUCUCGCACACGCACAACCUGUUCGUCGCGCGCCACGCGGAGGGCGAGUUCCGGGAGCUCGACCGGCACACGCUCGACCAGCCGCACUUCCGCCAGGCGGGCGCGCACCCGCGCAUGCAGGAGCAGCUCCGCCAGCUCGUCGCGGUGCUGCGGCGGGUGCAGAGGCUGGCGCAGGCGCACGCCGGGGGCAGGGGGAGGCUUGCGUUGGUCUGUCGGGAUGGGAAGGUGGGGCUGUUCGAGCAGACUGGGUGCGGAGGGUUGGCGUUGCAGGAGGAGGAUUUGAAGCGCUUUGGGCGACUCGGAUCGUCGCUGUAA